UGACACAGUUUUUGUAUGUUGUUGUGUUUAGACAGCGGGUAUCCUGCUUACCUGGGCGCCAGACUCGCCUCCUUCUAUGAGCGCGCCGGACGUGUGAAGUGCCUGGGAAAUCCAGAGAGGGAAGGCAGCGUUAGCAUCGUAGGAGCUGUGUCCCCCCCUGGUGGAGAUUUCUCUGACCCUGUCACUUCAGCCACAUUGGGCAUUGUUCAGGUGUUCUGGGGAUUGGACAAGAAGCUGGCACAGAGGAAACACUUCCCCUCUGUGAACUGGCUGAUUAGCUACAGCAAAUACACACGCGCUCUUGAUGAACAUUACGACAAACAUUUCCCCGAGUUUGUUCCUCUCCGUACAAAAGCCAAGGAGAUCCUACAGGAGGAAGAAGACCUGGCUGAAAUCGUACAGCUUGUGGGCAAGGCUUCUCUUGCUGAGAGCGAUAAGAUCACUCUAGAAGUUGCAAAGCUCAUUAAGGACGACUUCCUGCAGCAGAACGGUUACACCCCCUACGACAGGUUCUGCCCCUUCUACAAAACUGUGGGCAUCCUCUCCAACAUGAUUGCUUUCUACGACAUGGCCCGGCACGCCGUGGAGACCACAGCUCAGAGCGAGAACAAAAUCACCUGGUCCAUGAUCCGGGAGCACAUGGGAGAGAUCCUGUACAAAAUCAGCUCCAUGAAGUUCAAGGACCCUGUGAAGGACGGUGAAACUAAGAUCAAAGCGGAGUUCGCCCAGCUUUUGGAAGACAUGCAGAACGCCUUCAGGACCCUGGAGGAAUGAGUUACCUACCUCUCAGUACAUCUCCCAAAUAUCCAAACCCCAAAUAUCCAAACCCCAGUGCAGUGAAACAUUGUUUGGCCCGUGUUCUUAACGUCUGCCUCAGUCAUGUGAACUAUUGAAUUCCUCUGUGUUUACAUCCCCUUGUACAUUCCUGCACACGUUUCCAUUUCAUUUAGUUGAUUUUGGACUUUUCUUUUCUCAUGAACACCAUACUGAAAAAUGCAAUCUGCUCUGCGGAUGUAGCAACACUUUCAGCCCAUUGCAUUGCACUUAUAGAUCUACAUCGUUAUGUUGUGGUUAAAAUCAGUGGGCCCCAGUAUGAUGCUGUUCUUGCACUCAACCAAUCGCUGCAUCAAUGACAGGCAAGGGAGUUUAUUUUUCUUCAGAUGUGGCGGGGAUCAAUACAGAUUAUUAAUCAAGUGGGAAAUGCGCAUGGGUAAAGGGACAGAUACACUGCAAAACUGAAUAUCAGAGGGUAAAAAUUCUUCAAGCUCUUAAAGUGUGAUAGUGAUGUUGUGGAAAAUAUACUUGAUAUUAUGUGCAAAACUGUGAAUGAAUGAUUCUGUUAGAGUUGUGUUAUAAAAUAUGUCUCUAUUAUAUUUGUGGGUUGUUGCUGUCUCCUGAAAUAAAUGUUAAAAUGAC